AUGGUCGACACCCCACCGCCGCGACCAGUUCGGAGCCAAUCCUCCUCACGAGGCGUGGCGGUGGCUGCAUCGCAGAGAAAUAGGCCGAAGAAUGCGCCGUUCAAGUUCCUACGCAAAGAUGAGGGACGACUGUCGUACACGUGUCAGCCAGACUCACCAGUCUCAGGGAACAACCACGGCAAUCAAGCUAUCAGCAGCAGCAAUAACUGCGUCAGCCGUGACAGCCCGCCAAGCGAACGACGGGGAUCUCGAUCACUGCGUGAAGCCAUCGCUAAUGAUAUGCGCAAGGGAAAGAACCACGACCCUUUUGCAGCAGUUGUCAUCGCUGUACCAAAGCGUACUCCGCCACCUAAUCUUGCUGCGCGUGAUGAAGCGCAAGACUCUCUCGACCCUCCAAUUCUUCAGGAGCGUAGGGCGGCUCAGCCUCAAGUUCAGUGGCAGCAGCAACAACAAGCGGCCGCGAGGAAACUUGAGUUGGAAAUAGAGAAUGAGGUUUUGGAACCAAAUGGUGACUUGGGGAUCACAGCAAAGCCGCGGCAACAUCCACGUAGCUCCGAGGAUCCGGACAGACCAUCAGAAGGACUAGGGCAACGGUUCAGCUCUAACAUGAGCCUCCCCACGCCGCGACGGGGAGAUGAGUAUGAAGAUGUGGAACGGCAGCGUCCACCUCAGCGACGAUAUCGAGGCGAGGACAUGGUGCUGGGUAACGGGGUUUCGCGUCAAUCCUCUGUGCAUCGUUAUUUGGAUUUUGUAGGCCAAGAAGAUGACUACCCGCGAAGUAGUCGAAAUUUUUUCUCGCGCCCACAACGCCAGGUCUAUCGUUCCACCCGCGAAGAAGAAAAUUUAGUAGAACAGCUUGAAGAAGAGCUACGGGCAGCUCAAGAAGAGCGAGGGCGAUACCAGCAGCUUAGAUUGCAGUUAGAACGCGAUAGAAAACGUUUUGAAGACUAUUGCAUUGUAGUCGAGAAGGAAAUUGAGGACGAGCGCGCGGAGCUGGACGCCGCACGAGCAUCGGACAAGUGGCAAGCCAGGAAGGAUGCCAAGGUGGUGGAGGAACGGUACAAAUCUACACUAGGGCUCCUGAAGACGGAAAGGGAGUCAAACAAAAAGCUAACACAGGAGAAUGAACUGCUUCGGCAACAGCUGGAAGGAAUGACAACCCACAUGCGGGAAGCGCAGAAGCUGCAGAAGGCAGAGACCAGUCGUUUGCGGCGUGAGAUCGAGUCCUUGACACGACGCAACGAAGAAUUGCUAGAAAUGACACGAGAACAACAAAUUGCCGCGCUCGAGAACAGCUCUAAAGUCGCGGUGUCGGUGCCACCCUUGCAGAUUGCGCCAAAUGCUUGGCGCCAUGUACCCAGCGGCACUUCUAGUACUGGGGGAAAUAGUGAAGAAAACCACGACUUCCUGGAAGCUCACUCGACAGUUGGCAACAGUAUAGAAAAAAAAAAACGUCACCGCCUGGGGAAGGAAGCAAAGACGCCUAAAUGA